UUGGCGGGCCAUCAGUGGCGUCGCUUUGUUGUGCGAAGAAGACAGUACAAAUCAAGAUGGCUGGAGGCAAGGCUGGAAAGGACUCUGGAAAGGCAAAGGCGAAGGCGAUCUCUCGCUCUGCAAGGGCAGGACUACAGUUCCCGGUCGGCCGUAUCCACAGGCACUUGAAGAACCGUACGACCAGCCACGGCCGUGUCGGUGCCACAGCCGCCGUGUACAGCGCAGCUAUCCUCGAAUAUCUGACCGCUGAGGUGCUAGAGUUGGCGGGGAAUGCCAGUAAGGAUCUGAAGGUGAAGCGUAUCACACCGCGUCACUUGCAACUGGCCAUCCGCGGAGACGAGGAGUUGGACUCUCUGAUCAAGGCUACCAUUGCUGGUGGUGGUGUGAUCCCCCACAUCCACAAGAGUCUGAUCGGCAAGAAGGGAUCUCAGAAGGCCACAUAAGCUGUACCAUUCCACGUCUACGAUGUCCUCUAUGAUUCCAAGCUUCUAUGCUUUCUUGUAUUUAGCCGACAGUCGCCAUUUCCACCUGUCAUCGUCCUGACGCUGUAUAGUAGUAGUACCAUUUUAGACCCGAAAACACAAAAAAAUCAAAGCAAUUGAUAGCUGAAGUAGUUGCUAAACUGUGUGUGAAACAGCAAUCUUUGUAGCCCGUCGUCAUAGCCUGUAUAUCUGGCAGCAUAUUGUGAGAGACUUAGGUCUUGGACAAAACAGUGAGGUAUCCAAAUUUUCCAGUGAUUGUAGUAUGUAACUUGUGUGUGUGUUUGCUCGCUUUUAUUGUUGGUUUGCUUUUGAAUUUUGUAUUCCAGUAGUGGUGAUAGAAUCCCCGUCAUGUGACCAUGGAACACACACCAUACAAUAAAAUGGAGUUACUUUUAUACAUA